UUAACAGAAGAAAUUUCUAUUUUUCAUGCAUGUGAAAAUAUCGAGAAAUCACAUACGAAAUUAAUAUAUUUUUUAGAGAAAAUAAAAUAACGAAAAAAAAGAAUCAAUAAAUGUGAAUAAAAAAAGAAAGAAAAAAGAAAAAUUUUCGCCUCAUAUCAAAUGCAAAUUACAAAGUGAAUCCGGCAAAAUACAAUAAAAAUUUAUUUAAAUUUGUUCGGCAACAUUUUUUUUGUGUCUCUUUUCUAAUCGUGUAGAAAUUUUAAUCUUUUUGUGAGAAAUAUUUCGGAAAUUUACAAGGAUAUUAUUGAGAUUAUCAUUGCGCGUAAGAGGAACUAUCUUUAAGAAUGAGAUUCCUCAAGAAACAACUUACUCUUGCAACAUUCGUGUUUAUAUGCCAUAUCGCAUCAGGAGAGCGAUGGUCACGACAACUUACAUCAAAUGUACAGACGAUUAACGAUUGGGUGCCAAUAACGCAGGAUGUGAAAAGCGGAAAAUCCAUUACAUUCGGAGAUGAUUUAGUGCCCGCAGCUCAGACACAAUUUCAAUUCUUUACAGAACCAUUAAACAAUCGUUUUAAUUUACAACAAUCACAUCCAGCCCAUCCUGCACAUCCUUCAGCUGCACCAUCUGAAAUUAAUAGUUUCAUUCAAAAUUCUCCACCUCAAUUCCAAUUUUUAAAUCCCGGAAUUCCACCUCAACAAAAACAAAGAACUGUUCAAAAUUUUGGUGGUUCUUUUGGCAAUAAGCCUGUUGCUGAACAGCUCAUUCAAAAUCCACCUCAAUACCAAUUUAUGCAGGAAAUCCAACGUACCCCACAAGUUCAUCAUUAUCAAUCCCAACCAAUUCCUAAAUCUCAACAAACCUUUACUCAACAUCAACCAGUUCCAGCUUUCCAAAAUUUCGUUCAAGCCGGUCCAUCUCGUGUUCCUCAUUUCCAAAAAUUACCAACUCCUCCACCAUUCCAACAAGUUCCACAAACUCAACAGCAACAAGAAAGUGAACAACCUGUUCAAUUGCUCUAUGUUCCAUUCGACUCACUUUAUCAACAAAAUCAACAGCAGCAGCAACAACAAACACAGUCAAUAUUCGGAAAUGACAAGCAGAGUCGAUUCAAUAUUUUGAACCAGCCACCAAGCGCUUCAUUGAUCAAUGACUUUUAUUCACAAAAUGACGUAAAUGAUUUCCAAAAGAAGCAAGUAGUUACAACAACUACAAGACGUCCAACAAUUGCACCAGCUACUGUAAGCUAUAAAUUGACAACGCCAUUUGAUACUUCAUCGAAAUUGAAGCCACAUCAGCCACCAUUAUCAAUGUUUGUUGCUUAUGAUAAAGUUAAAGGAAAGGCAACCGAAACAGAUGUUUUGAGUACAUUAAGAAGUUCAAAUACAAUUGAUGUUAUGGACUCGAUUAAUGAACGCUCACCAAAAGUGUUUAUUGGACCAUCGGGAAUGUCACCACCAAAUGGAUAUUCUAAAUUUGAAUUGCCAUACUUGUCAAGCAUUGAUGGAACUAGAAAUGAGAGGAAAAUUGAUCAAUUGCCAUUCUUUGUUGCCCCAUUGAGCUAUAAGACACCCCCAGGAUUCUCAAAGAUUCCAUUGCCAGCACCACAUGUCGGAUCAGUCGUUGUGAAUCAACCAAAUAGUAUCGAGAAUAAUGAAAGUAAUGGAUUUACUCCUGAUAGUUAUUAUACUAAACAACCUCAAUUAAUCUCAACAAAUCUUAAUAAUAUUAAUCGUAAUGUCAAUAGUAACUUUAAUACCAAUAAUAAUAAUAACAACAAUAAUAAUAACAAUAUUCUUAAUGAGACCCCAAAAAAGAACACACAGACAGUUAAAUUAACCUCAGGUUUCCAUUUCGGACCAAGUGGCAAUGUGCAAUUAUUUAGCAAUGAGUUUACAUUCCCAACUUUAUCGCCGCCAACAACACAACAGCCAAAAAUUAAUAAUAUUCCAAAAACAACACCAAAACCGACGUUCAUUCAUAGUAGCAUUACACCCAGUACACCUUUGACGAAAGUUAAAGCAAGUCUCGUUCAAGAAUAUCAUUCAACAUUAACACCAACAACGAUUCGUACACCAACUGUGACAAGAUCAAAAUAUGAUGAAUAUGAGAAUACAAGAACAGCUUAUUUCACAUCUUCAGUACGUCCAACAUUCUCAGAACCCGAUGAAUAUAAAACAGUCAAUGAAGAAUACUUUAAAGUUAAUCGUGCUAAACCAUCAAUCUCGACAUCAUUUGAAUAUGACUUUGAAUCGAAACAGCAGAAGCCUAAAAAGGAUUUCAAUUUUAAGCCAAUUCCAGAAUUUAAUUUUGAUUCAGUCACAACAACAAUAGCUACAAAGAAACCAAAAACUACAAAAUCUACAACAAUUAAGCAAACCACAACAACAUCGACAACUCAAAGGCCAACAACGACAAAGGAACAUACAGUCAUAAUUGAUGACAAGAGACAUAAGAGCAUUGAUUUUUCAUUCCAACCAACUCCACAUCCCACACCGUCAUUUGAAUAUACCCCAACAGUAUCCAUAAUUGAAAAUACAGACACAUUUAGACAAACACACGGUAGUGACUACUUCACUGAAUUCCGUUCAACACCCCGACCCACACAACAAAACUAUUUAGUUGACAUUGACGAACUGAAUAGACAUAAAUAUAAAAAUGGUGAUGGACAUAUACAGAAUAUCAAACAUCAUGACUUCUUCUCACAAGAACCAAUUCCGGCAACGGAAUCUCCACAAUAUAAUUUACCAUCUGAAUUGCCUCCAAUAAGUGCACAAUUGCCAGGUUUGAUUAACUCACUUAUGGAUGACAAAUGGAUGCUAGCUAAUAAUAUUACAGAUGAGGAAGUAACCACAACAACUGCUGUUCCAACGACAGUGUCCACAACAACACGUAGACCAACACAGUCAAGAGGUCGUAGACCUGUCUCACAAUCAACUUAUAGAACUGUUGCCUCAACAGCUGAACCAAAUUAUGAGAGGAAGCAAAGUACACGUGGAAGACGUCCACCAUCGACAUACAGUUCAAGAAAUAUUGUAUCAGCAACGGAAGCUACUUUCCCAUCAAGAUCAACACCGGUUAGAUCAUCAAAGAUUAAAUAUAAUAUUACAUCAGAUGAUCAAUCAAAGUUCCGUACCAGAAAUCGUCGACCAGUUCAGAAUAAGGAAGAGAACAAUAUUGCAUAUCAACGUGAUGUUUUGAACCAAAAUUAUCCAUCAUCAGUCCGUCCACCGGUUAUUGAUUCAUUCCCAGCUACUGAACGUAUUGUUGAGUCUAUUCAUAUCCAACCAGAAGCUCAAGUCGAAGAACAAGUCAUUAAUGAUUAUAAUGGACCAAUUGAAAGCAUUGAAGUGAUUCCGUUAGGUGGUAAUAAUAAUGAAAAUUAUAACAUUGAACCUCAAUACACACCUGACAAUCCAUUAUAUUAUGAAAAUACAAUUGAAACAACAUCCUCAACAACGUCAACAACCAUUCCACCAACAUCACCAACAACAAUACAAUCAUUUAAAUAUAUAAAGAGCAAUAAAUAUUCAGCAAAUGAUCAAGAAUUCGCAAUUCCACAACACAAAACUGUCUCACAUAGACUUAAAGGAAAUUUCAAUUUCAAUCGAAACACUGACUCAUUUUAUAAUGGAAAGACACAAGAAUUACCAACAACACAAGCCACAGAAAUUGUUAAAGAUGCACAUGAAUAUGAAGAAAAUUCUUUCUCCUUAGUUCCAUCCACGACAGAAUCGACCACAACAACAACUGAAGCACCUGUUGAAACUGAAUCACCAGUGACCAGAAGAACUAGCUUCCCAAGACGAAGACUUUAUACCACAACAACUUCAGAGCCACAAACUGAUGCUACGGAAUCUUAUGGAUCCCGAAACAAAGAGCAACGAGGAAGAAAGGAGAAUGUUGUAGUGGUUAAGAAGGUCAGAACUCGUACGCGACCAACAACAACAACAACGGAAGUUCCAGAAACUACAAGACGUAGUAGUGCUGUAAGAACUCGACCUACAUAUGCCAGCAGAAAUGUUAAUAAUCGUGAACGUGGGCAAGCAAAUUAUGAGAACAACUAUGAAGAUAACAGACCACGAUUCCGUAUUCGUGAAAAUACACAACGCUUCCGAUUAGAUACUCAAGAGAGUCAAUGGUCGUCGAGAUUCAACCAAAACUCAUUCCAACCAAUUGAUGAAGAGAAAUCAAAGGCUUUUAACAAUCCAGAAGUCGAUGACAAUCAAGAAAUCGUGACAGCAAAUCCAAAUGCCGAAAAUGAAACAUAUUUAGUCAACGUCUCUGCCAGCGUCUUGCCAUCAAAGCCAGUCGAGUUUGACGAUGAAUCCUUGAAUUUAGUAUCAACGACCGAACGAGAAGAUGAUUUGGCAAAAAGAACAAAGAUUGACGAUGAUUUAGACACAAGUCUUGAUAAGCUCAUGAAAGAUGUCAUGGAGGAUAUUGAGAGGGAUACAAAGAGUGAAAAGAAAUUAUCAAAACUCGAUAAGAAGUCUGGUCCACGUCGUGGUACUUGGAAGAGAGUCAAAGUUCGUCCAGCUGAUGGAUUUGAGACAGCAGAAACACAAAACAUUGGAAAGCAUUUAUACAAUGCAGUCGCAGAUAAUGAUAAAGUAGAAGGAGAGAAACCUAAAAUUAUUGAAGAACCGGCAAUUACAACUACAAUUUCACCAAAAAUUACUGAAGCAGAAACAACGACAGUAAAACCAGCAAUUGUUGAGACAACAAUUUUGCCUGAACAGACAGUCGUUGAUGACAGCAACGCAAGCAUGUUUGAUGAUGCACGCAAAGCAUUUGUUGAAUUCUUAAGUUCAGAAGAGGACACUGAUGAUGCUGUAAAUAUGGAAGAAGCUGAUGACAAACUUGAGAGAGACAGCACUACAACUACACAAAUUCCAACAACAGAGGAACCACUCACAACAACAACAUUACCACCAACAACAUUCUCAACGAUCGAAGUUGAAACAUCAAAGCCAAAAAUCACAAAAGAGAAGAAGCAAAUAAAGACGAGUACGAGUCAAAAAGUGACGGGAGAGAUUUGCUUUAGAGGGAAAUGUAUAAAAACUAACGAGAAGUAAUCAGUUAAUCUAAGGGCUUUAUUUAUUUGUAGCUGUAGUUAAAUAUAUCAUUGCUCCCCAUCCUUUACCCACUGUCUCUAUUCCCAUUAAACUUUUCUUAAAUCCACAAUGCAUUCCAAAAGAAGAAAUAACAGUGUUUUUAUGAAAUAAACUACAUAAAAAAAUGUCUGAAGUGUCAUUUUAUAAAC